AUGUCGAAGGAGCGCAUUUCGCAGAGUCGUCGCUGUGGAAUUCCCUUUACCGCGCAAGUCAAUAUCCCUUUGCCCCCGAAUCGUCAAGCUCAUACUGAUUAUAUGCUGUGCCUUGAUCAAACAGUCCUCCGCGAUCCUGAAAAUGGCGGCAUUGAGCUAUCGGGAAUCACACAGCUCAGCACGAAUAUCGACUUCGAAACAAAUCCUGUCCCUCGAGACACUUCCAAGGCAGCGAUUGGCAAUACCAACGCCAACAAUAUGCGCCGCGGAGACAAAUGA